AUGCAUGUCGAGUUGGGUGUUUCUAGCGCUGACUUUCCUUGUGUUCAUAAUGAAGAGUGCGCGGUGCUAUUUACGGUUGAGUUCAGCGCAGGAGUGGAUAUAACGGCGUACUGGCGGCGUACUCACAGUCCAUUUCCGGCGGAGGUAGCAGUGCCUUGGAUGCGGAAGUUUCCUGGUUGUGGUUCAUGA